AUGGAAAAGUUGGUGUACGCUUUGGUACAUGCAUCCCGAAAGCUACGACCCUACUUCCAAGCACAUAAGGUGGAGGUAAGGACCGCGUACCCUCUUCGUCAAAUCAUGCAUAAACCAGAGGUAACAGGUAGGAUGAUGAAGUGGGCGAUUGAGUUAGGACAAUUCGACAUUGACUACAGACCACGAACCGCCAUCAAAGGUCAAGGCCUGGCAGAUUUCAUUUUAGAAUUCCCAGAAGAUGGAGAGAACUCUGGCCUACUAAUCAAAUAUGACCCAGACCUACCACCACAACCGGACGCCCGGAAAGAAGACAUACCCGAAUUAUGGUGGACGGUGCACACCGACGGAGCAGUGAAUAAUGAUGGGGCGGGUGCUGGCAUAGUGUUGGUAAGCCCCGAGGGACACAGGCUCUUAAAUGCAAUCCACUUCACCUUCCAACUAUCUAAUAACGACGCAGAAUAUGAGGCAUUAGUGGGGGGCUUAAAGUUAGCCCUCGAAAUGAAAGUCAGAAGGCUCGUGGUAAAGCUCGACUCAAUGCUGGUGGUAGAGCAUAUAAAAGGGGGAUACCAAGCCAAGGGACCUAAGACAGCUAUGUACCUCAAAUGCGUCCAGAGGUUGCUAGACCAAUUUGAGGAGGUACAAGUAAACAAGGUACCUAGGGAGUUCAACGGAGACGCCGACGCCCUGGCAAAAUUGGGAUCUCAGAAAGAUGCUGCCUUAUUGGGGGUAAUUCGAUUAGAAAUUCAAGAGGUGCCUAGCAUCCCGGAACUGGAUGUCAUGGAGGUAGGAGACGGCGUUGGACAUCAAACAUGGAUGACGCCAAUAUGGGACUUCAUCAAGGAAGGAAAAUUACCCGAGGACAAAGCCGAGGCUCGGAGGCUAAGAUACAAGGCGGCCAGGUAUGUGGAAUAUGACGGCAAACUAUACAAGAGAGGCUUUAAUCAGCCAUUGUUGAAGUGUAUAGACGGUGAUGAGUGCACCUACGUACUGAGGGAGGUCCAUGAAGGCAUAUGUGGGAACCACUCGGGAGGCAACUCAUUAGCUAUGAAGAUCCUGAGGCAAGGAUACUACUGGCCUACCCUAAGGAGUGACGCCUUCGAUUUUGCCAGAGCAUGUGAUAAGUGCCAACGGUUCGCCAACUUCACCCAUAACCAAGCAACAUCCUUGACCAGCAUGACCAGUCCUUGGCCUUUUGCCAUGUGGGGGAUAGACUUGAUUGGGGAACUCCCUAAAGCCAAGGGAGGUGUGAAGUAUGCGGUGGUAGCUGUGGAUUACUUUACCAAGUGGGCGGAGGCGGCACCCCUAGCCACCAUCACAGCCAAAAAGAUCAAGGAUUUUGCUUUUAAUUUUAUUGUUUGCAGGUUUGGAAUCCCUUACAAGCUGAUCUCGGACAACGGAAAGCAAUUCGACAGCAAGGAAUUGAGAGGCCUCUGUGAUGACCUCGGAAUAAAGAAGGACUUCGCAGCGGUGUACCACCCUCAAAGCAACGGGCAAACAGAGGCGGUGAACAAAAUCAUCAAACACACCUGA